AUGAGUCAGCCGGCUAGGAAAAGAAACAGAAAAGUUGUUGUUUGUUUAAGUUGUCGGAAACGGAAAAAUAAAUGCGAUAGAAGGAGGCCGUGCACUUCAUGUAUUAAACUAGGAUUACAUGAUAGUUGUUCCUAUGUCGUGGAUGAGUUUUCUAUUUCUCUGAAUCCCGAAGUCUUCUACGGUACUAUCUACCUCAAGCAAGAUCCUGUCCCUGAGCCGACAGCAUUGGCUUCAGUUUUGGUUCUGUCCAAUCUUUACCCAUUUCAAAUACUUGAUCCCAAAGACCCCACUGCCACAAUAAUAAGCCAGUACUGGGCUUACAAAUUUGGUAUAGAGAAAUUUAACCAAACCUUGAUUUCACUGUCUUUUAUAGGACUCAACUCACUUUCCCGAAAACACUUGGAAAUGAAUUACAACAUGAAUAACAGUCUUGAUUACUGCGAGGUGGAAUCUGGCUUAAUAAGCAUUUAUGAAACAAAGCAAAAAGUGCAUCCACAGGCGUUGCAAAGAGGCGUAACAUAUCACCCGGAUCCGCUAUUGAGAACAUAUAGUUUCCUUGAACGAUUGAAAAAAGUGGUACCUUCUCAGGCACAAUUGAUGAAGUACCAAAGCAUAUUCUUCGCUAAGACUCAUAUUCUAAUACCUAUUUUUGAUGAGGUCAGUCUUGAAGAGGCUACUAAAAGAAUCUUCAAUUUAGAGAAUGCCACCAAGAAUAAGAUUGUGGAGGUGACCAUAACAUCAAAAACAGAUUACGCAGUUAUUGCCCUGUCACUUUUAAUGCUUCGAUACACCUACCUUGAUUCAAUAAUCUGCAAGCAUUUUGAUCCAGAUCUUGAUGAGCAUGUGUGCGUGGAGAUAAUGGAAGUUGUUGAAGAAUGUUUCAAUCUUCACGGCAUUAUUAAACGACCAUCACUACCAUUGCUUCAAGCACUUCUUCUUUAUCAUUUCUGUAGGGACAUAUCACCUGAGAUACAAGAUUCCUUUUUGGUAGAUCAAACCCUCAAGAACCAAAUUUUGGAAUUAUGUUACACUUUAGGCUUGAACAGAGACCCAGAGGUUUAUACGAUGGAGCAUAUGGAUGCAAAAACCGUUCAUUUGCGUAGAAAAAUAUGGUUUUUUACAUAUUAUUCAAUUGCAUGCGAUUCUAUGAUGUACUGGAGAGUACUGAAACCUUUGAUCUACGACUAUGACACAAAGUUCCCCAGGUUCAAAGCUGACUGCAUGAAUGUCAGAAAUGCCACUAAUGAGAAGAAAGGUAUUGAUGGGAUGGGGUAUGCCAAAAUAAUCACAAAAGUAGUUAAUGAACUGCUUAAACCUGCUCAACGGGUGAACUCUGAAUUCAGAGGUGUAACCUUGUAUGAAUACGCCAAUCUGUUGAAGAUUUUCUUUUGGAAUUACCUGGGAUCUUACGAAUCUAUUCAUGAUUCCGACGUGUCUGGGAGCUUUACCUUUUUAAAAGUCAGAUCCUUCAUACUAGGCAGGAUGCUUACUGCUCUACUCCAGUUCAGUGCUUACCUCAAACUUGAAGAAGAAGGUAGCCUUGAAGAGUCUAAAGAGUCUUUAAUAGGCUGUGUUUUUACAACGUUCGACGAACUAGGUAAAGUAGAUGGUGACUCUUUCAAACCCAAAAGUGCUCUCUACCUUGAAAUGUUCACCCUGGUCUACAAUCCCUGGAUUAUCAAAUUGCUUUAUAUGAUCAUUUGCAUUUCAUUAAGCUUACUCAUCAGAAUCAAGUAUAGUAUGUUAACAAUGGAGGAACAUGGAAAAGACAAUGAUAUAUUGUACCUUCGAAUGAAGCAGUGGUUCAGAAUGAUUAAGGUGGUAAUGCUUAAAAGAGUCAAAAGCUUGAUCAGUUUCAGUAAGGAAUAUGCUAUGGCCAACAUGUUGGUAAAGAUUACAUUGAAAAAUUUGAACCUGACAUUGGGAGUAGGGAAGACUCUCCCAGUGGAUUCGGAGAAGGCCAAGCGUUGCCGGCUCAAACUAUGUUUAGCCGAUGUAGAACGAAUGAUGAGUAGUUUCCAACCUCCAGAAGUCAUGCAUGAAGCUGACUAUUUAGCUAAUUUGGAUGUAUUUACAGUAUCUGACAUACUCAAGUCCGAUUGUGAUUGUGACAGUGAUCUGAAAUUGGCUGUUUUCAUCAAGUACGAUAAACUUUGGAUAGCGAGGACCCUCAUUGACAUGUAUUAUGACGAAGAAUACGUAAAACACGAAGGAGAAGCUCCAAAUGAUCUUUUUAACUUCGAUUUAACCCCACUGCAAGAGGUAUAA